CAACGAUGCCCUCUCAGGCCAUUAUCGACAAUCUCUUUAAGCGGAACGCGCUUUGGAUGGACAAAGUCAACGAGGAGGAGCCCACCUUCCUCCCGACGCUCGAUAAGGGCCAGUCACCCAAGGUCCUCUGGAUUGGAUGCGCGGACUCGAGGGCACCUGAGAGCGUGGUCACCGCUUCUCGCCCUGGCGAUAUCUUCGUCCACCGCAACAUUGCGAACCAGUUCCAUCCUGAGGAUGAUAGCGCGAACGCCAUCUUGACGUACGCAAUUGAAACCGUUGGCUGCGAACAUGUCGCCAUCGUCGGCCACACCCAAUGCGGUGGUGCCCUCGCGUGCCUACACGCCGCCGGCUCUGCGCCGGCUACCGCUCCUUCCGGCCCUACCGGCGCCCUCUCGCGGUGGCUCGCACCGCUGACGAAGCUCGCCACCUCGCUGCAGCUGUCGGGCAAGCCGCACCACGACGCGCUGACGACGCUCAUCGAGGAGAACGUGCGCGUGCAGGUCGAGAACGUGUGCGCGUCUGCGCCGAUCGGCGAGGCGUGGGCGUCGGGUAAGGGCGUCGCGGUGCAUGGGUGGAUAUAUGAGGUCGGGACGGGCAAGUUGAGGGAUUUGGGUAUCACGCGGACUGCGGCUUAGAUGUUAUGUGUCGAGGGUCUGAGUGACGAACGAAAUGGCAAAUGUGUAUGCUUAUGUGGGCUAAUGUUAACGAUCGUAGAUGAAUGCAAAGCAUAGAAGUUAUCGAAGCUGGCAUGAAUGGAUACUCAGGAACUCUUGGAAGAC